AUGCCGCAAAGUUACGAGUAUGAUGAGUCCAGCGAAACGUGGCCUUUUUUCGUUCUGACGCUGCUAUUAAUGGUUCUCAUACCGUUAACCAUUCUUCAAGUGCACAAACUUUUGCUUGGCAAGAGCGGAGGUGUGGACGACACUGACGACCCGGAUCAAAAUCUGAUUCAAAAGCAACUAGAGAACGUCAAUGACGCAUUGGUGAGCAGGGACGUACUAAGGUUCCGUCAGGUAUUCGACAGAAAGGGUAAGCGGGGCAUAUUGAAUGUUAAAAACGUUGUAAUUGUAGUAGGAUGGUUCCUUGUGGCUAGCAUAGUCCAAAGAGUAAUGAACAAUGAUGCGAUUGUAGAGGCAGCCACCGGGUUGUUUGAUCCAUACAGCAUCUUGAGUGUCUCGAUAAAUGCCAAUGACAGAGAAAUUAAAUCUGCUUAUAGAAAGCUCUCCGUCAAGUUUCACCCAGAUAAGCUCUCAAAGGAUCUCAGCCCCGAGGAGCGAACAGUAAUGGAAGAGGCCUACGUUCAAAUCACCAAGGCUUAUGAAGCACUAACGGAUGAACUUACAAAGGAGAAUUUUCUCAGGUACGGACAUCCUGAUGGCCCUCAAAAUACGACACAUGGAAUAGCAUUGCCAAGAUUUUUGGUCGAUGGUGUGGGCUCUCCGCUUGUGGUUUUAUUCUAUGUAGCGCUAUUAGGUGUCAUUUUACCGUAUUUUGUCAGUAAGUGGUGGUCAAAAACCCAAUUGCAUACUAAAAAGGGAAUUCAUGUAAAGACUGCAUCUUAUUUUGUUGAUAGGUUGAUUAAUUAUAAGCCAAGCGAGGUAGUUACUGUGGAUCUGAUUAUAAAUUGGUUGUCUCAUGCAGAAGAGUUCAAGAUUUUUUAUCCGGAAUUCAAGCAAUCCGAUUUCGAAGGGUUGCUUCAUGAUCAUCUGAACCGUAGAGAGGAACCAGAUAAAGCUAGAAGAUAUGCUCGUUAUAGAAUUGUUGCAAAGUGUCAUUCUUUAUUACACGGUCUUUUAGAUAUAUCAUGUGGAUUUAGAAACACAGAUAUUGCCAACAUGACUUUGGAGACGUUUAAAUGCAUUGUUCAAGCAGUUCCUCAUUCACCGUAUCGCCAAAUUUUCCAGUUACCUCAUGUAGACAGAAAAAAAUUCUCGGAAGGUUCCAUUGACGAAGUUUGCACUUUAGGAAAGCUUUUCACCUACGAAGAUGCUAAAAUAUCAAAAAUUUUAGGUAUCAGUGAUGAAAAGAAUUUAAAAGAAACGUUGACCGUUGCAUCAAACAUUCCAAAUUUGAAAUUGUUGAAAGCAGAAUUUCUAGUUCCAGGAGAACCACAAGUAACACUUGCAUCAACUCCUCAUUUAUCCAUAAAAUUACUAAUUCGCUCUGCAAAACAUAAAGCUAUUCCGGCCGAAAACUUUCCACAAGAAAUGAUGGAAGAACCCCAGGACUUUGAGUUUCAGAAGGAUCCAUUUGCAGUAAUGUUGAAAGAGCCAUUACUUCCGUAUUCAUAUGCUCCAUUUUUCCCAACUAAAAGACGUGAUGGCAUUUGCUGCCUAGUAGGUUUACAAAAAGAUGGUAAGUUAUUACAAACGCCGGUAACUAUCCAAAGAUUGUCACUGAAAAAUUUAACAAAAGAUUUCGAUAAACGUCAAAUAAAAGAGCUAAACAAUGAUAAUUUCAAGCCUGAAGAUUGGGAAAUUGGAACCAUUAAAAUUCCACUGGGUCAACCUGCACCGAAUGAAACUGGUGACGUCUUUUUUAGAGUUAUUGUUAAAUCUACGGAUUAUUUUACUUCAGAUUUAGAUUUUACUGUUGCCAUGCAAGUCCGUGAUUCACAAGAACAAUAUAAGCAGGCCACAGAAGAUGAAUACGAAACAGACGAGGAAUCAGAUAAAGAGUCAGAUGAAGAUGAUGAAGAUGAUGAAGAUGAAGUCAGUGAUAGUGAUUAUACUGAUAUUGACACAGACACUGAAGUUGAAGAGGACGCAGUGGAUGAGAAGAAAUAA